CUGGAAGACUAUCAUAUGCUUCUGUGACCUGCACUUCUUUUGCUUUGCUUUGGAAUUAUUACUAUAAUUUUUUAUUUAUUUAUUUUUGCGAUAAGCAGCUAAAAUGUCGAAAUUCAAGAUAAGCGUAGAGAACGCCGUAAAGGUUGAUAACUUCCACCAGACUCUAUAUCAAAAGGCUGAGGACCUUUUCUCUAAUCACAUUCCAAUGAAGAUCUCUCAGCUGGAUAAUCUUCUUCAGGAGGAGGAGUUUUGCAUUUCUGACCUCUCUUCACUCCAUGCUCCACUAGACAUUCCUAUUCCUGAUCCUCCUGCACCUGAGGAUGAGGAAAUGGAAACAGAUAAAAAUGAAGAAGAGGAGAAGAAAAAGAAACCUCCCAAAUGUGGAUUUAUCAAGGGGAAUGGAAAAAUUAUGAAGUUACUGGAUAUUGUAAAGCCAGAGAUUACAAGUCUCAAAGAAACCUGCAUUGCAGUUUCCUGCUGGAUUUCACAUCUAAUUCCCAAAAUAGAAGAUGGAAAUGACUUUGGAGUUGCAAUCCAGGAAAAAAUAAUUGAGAGAAUUGCUGCAGUGAAGACAAAAGUGGAGGGCUUUCAAAACAACAUUAACAAGUAUUUCACAGAGAGGGGUGAUGCAGUUGCUAAAGCCUCCAAAGAAAUGCAUGUCAUGGAUUACCGCUCACUAGUUCAUGAGAAGGAUGAAGCUACCUACUGUGAGAUCAGAGUGAUUGUACUGGACAUUCGUGGUUUUUAUGCAGAGUUGUAUGACAUCAUCAGCAAGAACCUGGAGAAAGUCACCAAUCCUAAGGGAGAGGAAAAGCCCUCUAUGUAUUGACAACAAAAACAAAGUGUUGAAGUUUCUGUGGUUGUGUUUAGUCACUGGACAGAUUUGUACUGAACUAAUCAUUCUGACCAAUAGCUGUAUUUACUGCAACUUUAUUUGGUAUCAAACAAUAAAUCAAACUUGAUACAAUA